AUGUCAACAACCAUACAUCCCAUCACCAUAAUAGACCACCCGGGUUCUUCGCAGGCGGACAUUGAGAAUGAGCCCAACUGGGGAGAUGGUCGCCACCAUAAAAUUGGGUACCGCAAUCGACAAGAUCGCGUUGUAGGAUUAACUCAUCGAGGUGAUGAGAAGCAAGAUGUGGGCGACUUCGAUAGAGAGGCUCUCAAAGACCUUGCGCUGUUGCAUGAUCGUGUCAGAAAAGGCGACCUUGUUAAUUUUCGCGAUGCAAUAACUCAGCAAAAGGCAAGUAGUGGUCACUGCUACUAUCUCCUCGAUUUCCACCUUCGUCACCCAGAUGUUCACUCGGCAGGAUGGCGCUACGUUCUUGAUACCACUGAAGACUGGAUCAAAAACAUCGAAAAUUGGCCAGCAAAUGUACAAAAGAGGGAAGCCGCAAAGAAAGCGCAGAACCUGCAGAACGACGGGCCCAAAACCCCCGAUCUCAAACAAGAGGAUGAUUGGCGGAGAUCGCUCGGGCAGAACAAGCACCAUGGUGCGUAUGCCAGCAAUUCAGAGGGCGACAAAGUGCACCAGGGAGAUAAAGAUCCCAAGAAAGGCGCGAGUGAACGCGAAAAGCUUCAUGGGAAGUACUCAGCGCAGGAAAUAGCGCUACUGCGCAACCUUCGGCAUGAGAAAGAUUAUAUCUACAAUCUGAAACAGAAUAACGGCAAGAGGAAGUCGCCAAUUGGGAAUGGAGAGCAACUUAUUUCAAUAGACGAAGCCGACCAAUUUUCUCCGGACAACUGGAUCCCACGAUCCGAAAAGCUGAUCCGUCUCACAGGCAAGCAUCCAUUGAAUGCGGAGCCGCAGCUCACAGCACUCUUCGAUGCCGGCCUCAUAACGCCGAACUCGUUGCAUUACGUGCGGAACCAUGGACCGGUCCCGCAUUUACUCUGGGAGACUCACGUACUAGAAGUUGAAGGGACGAAUCUUAAACUCAGCAUGGAUGACCUGAAGAGUAACUUCGAGCCUAUUAACAUCCCUGUGGCUUUAGCUUGUGAUGGCAAUAGGAGAAAGGAGCUGAACAUGAUCAAACGCUCUAAAGGCUUUAAUUGGGGCUCAGGGGCGGUAAGUUGUGCGUACUGGAAAGGCCCUUUGCUCAGAGACGUUCUGCUUGCAGCUGGCGUGCCCGAGACGUACCCAGAGGGCAAGCGAUAUUGGGUGAACUUUGAAGGCGCAGAUGAACUCAGCGACGGAAAAUACGCAACCUGCAUACCAUUUGAAUAUGCAUUAGACCGCAGAAAUGAUGUCAUCCUGGCCUACGAGAUGAACGACGUUCCCCUUCCCCCUGAUCAUGGGUAUCCUCUGCGCCUGUUGAUUCCCGGCUAUGUUGGUGGGCGGUGUGUGAAGUGGUUGAAGAGAAUAUGGGUUAGCGAUAGGGAGAAUGAGAGCCAUUAUCACAUCUGGGACAACAGAGUACUACCAAGUUUUAUUACCGAAAAGGACGGAGAUUUUGCGACGACUAUGUUUGCACAUCCGGAUACCCUAUGCAAUGAGCAGAACCUAAAUAGUGUUAUUGUGAAACCAGCUCAGGGUGAGAGAAUUGCUCUUACGAAUGCGAGGAAAGGAAAGACAUACAGGAUCGAAGGAUAUGCUUAUGAUGGCGGUGGACACGAGGUUCAGCGGGUGGAGAUAUCUCUUGAUGGGGGCGAUACUUGGCUUUAUUGCAUAAGGAAGUUCCCAGAGGCUCCUAUCAGACACGGCAACAAGUACUGGACAUGGUUGCAUUGGCACUUGGAUGUGGAAAUCAUACAUUUGCUCCGAGCAAAAAGUGUCAGCGUCCGAUGCUUCAAUGUAUUCAAAAAUACGCAACCCGAGCGUCCUAGCUGGAACAUCAUGGGUAUGAUGAAUAACUGCUGGUAUGUUGUCAUCCCCGAAAUAGUCGAAGAACCCAAUGAUAGCGUUCCCAAUAUCCUCUUCCGCCAUCCUACCGAACCCGGCACCGGCAAUGGAGGUUGGUUAAAGGAAUCUACAGACGUGCAAGUUUCAAAUGCUAAACAAGCCGCUGGGGGGCCCCAGAAGCAGUUUACGCGAGAGGAGAUAGAGAAGCACGAUAAAGAGGGCGACUGCUGGGUUGUGAUUGACGGGAAAGUAUAUGACGCAACCAGCGUCCUAGGCUGGCACCCUGGUGGUGUGACAGCAAUACUGGGACACGCGGGCAAGGUUCAUCAAGAGACGAGCGAUGAAUUCAGCAGUAUCCACGAUGGGUAUGCGUAUCAGAAAUUGAGCGAAUGCAUCUUGGGCAUAAUCACGGACAGAGCCAAGGACUUCAUUAAGACGGCUGCUGAAAAGGUUGCAGAAGAUAAAGCGAAUUCUAGCAGAGGCGACGAAGAUGUUGCAUUACAGAAGCAUAGAUGGGUACCAGUACGGCUCCAAAUGCGUGAAACCAUUUCUAACGAUACCCGCAAAUACACGUUUCGUCUCCCUGACCAUAAAAAGACACUUGGGCUUGCAACCUGCCAACAUAUCCAACUCGGGUUCCACUUCAAAGAUAAAAUGGCCAUCAGGUCCUAUACACCAACCAGGCCAAUAUUUCCCAACGAAGAAGAUGGGACAUUUCAACUCGUGGUCAAGACUUAUUUCCCCGAUGAAAAUCAACCUGGGGGAGCCAUGAGCAACAUUCUCGAUUGCAUGCCGAUUGGAGAAGAGGUCGAUAUCCGGGGCCCAACUGGUGAUAUCAGCUACGAGGGCAAUGGGAAGUUCAAUAUCGAAGGGGAGGAGAGGAACUACAGCCGCGUAACCCUCGUUCUUGGAGGGAGCGGUGUUACCCCUGGAUACCAGCUUAUUUGUCGUAUCCUCCGAGCUAAAGGCGAUACGACUGAACUCAGGGUAAUCGACGCCAACAAGUCCCAGGCUGACAUUCUAUUGAGGGAUGAAAUGGAUAAGCUGCAGGAGGAACAUAAAACGCAGUUCAAGAUCACGCACGUCCUAAGCCACCCUGGGGAUGGCUGGAAAGGGCUGAGCGGUUAUGUGAAUGCCGAUAUCAUUAAGGCAAAUGCGUUUGAGCCGAAGGUGGGAAAUGCGGUCUUUCUGUGUGGGCCACCCGCCAUGAUCCAGCAUGCUGUGUUGCCAGUACUAAAAGAUUGGGGUUACGAAGAGGGAAAUAAUUGCUUUGGUUUCUAG